AUGGCGGACCGGCGCGGGGCCUUCGUGGACCAAGCGGCCACCAGCCGACCGCCCGAAGAGAGGCUCGCGGAAGCGCCGCGGAUCGACCUGUCUGUGGACAGGCAGGAGGAGGAAGUGAAACAUGCGCGGCUAGAGGCUGGGGCAGGUAGAUCAGGUGGCUCGAGCAAUGGAGAGGAAAGCCCUGGUAGCAACAAACCCUUGCGUGUCACCACCGAGAUCAGCAGGACGCCAACGCGAUACCGAUCCCGGCAGGUCAAGCUUCGGGAGAUGGUCCUGGAGGCAGAGUGA